AUGUGCGUGUCCGAGGAGGACCAUGUGCUGCUGCGUGUCCAAGGAGGACCAUGUGCGUGUCCGAGGAGGACCAUGUGCUGCUGCGUGUCCAAGGAGGACCAUGUGCGUGUUCGAGGAGGACCAUGUGCUGCUGCGUGUCCAAGGAGGACCAUGUGCGUGUCCGAGGAGGACCAUGUGCGUGUCCGAGGAGGACCAUGUACUGCGGCGUGUCCGAGGAGGACCAUGUACUGCUGCGUGUCCGAGGAGGACCAUGAACUGCUGCGUGUCCGAGGAGGACCAUGUACGGCGUGUCCGAGGAGGACCAUGUACUGCGGCGUGUCCGAGGAGGACCAUUUACUGCGGCGUGUCCGAGGAGGACCAUUUACUGCGGCGUGUCCGAGGAGGACCAUGUACGGCGUGUCCGAGGAGGACCAUGUACUGCGGCGUGUCCGAAGAGGACCAUGUACUGCGGCGUGUCCGAGGAGGACCAUGUACUGCUGCGUGUCGGAGGAGGACCAUGUACUGCGGCGUGUCCGAGGAGGACCAUGUACUGCGGCGUGUCCGAGGAGGACCAUGUACGGCGUGUCCGAGGAGGACCAUGUACUGCGGCGUGUCCGAGGAGGACCAUGUACGGCGUGUCCGAGGAGGACCUUGUACGGCGUGUCCGAGGAGGACCAUGUACUGCUGCGUGUCCGAGGAGGACCAUGUACUGUCCGAGGAGGACCAUGUACUGCGGCGUGUCCGAGGAGGACCAUGUACGGCGUGUCCGAGGAGGACCAUGUACUGCGGCGUGUCCGAAGAGGACCAUGUACUGCGGCGUGUCCGAGGAGGACCAUGUACGGCGUGUCCGAGGAGGACCAUGUACUGCUGCGUGUCCGAGGAGGACCAUGUACUGCUGCGUGUCCGAGGAGGAACAUGUACGGCGUGUCCGAGGAGGAACAUGUACGGCGUGUCCGAGGAGGAACAUGUACUGCUGCGUGUCCGAGGAGGACCAUGUACUGCUGCGUGUCCGAGGAGGAACAUGUACGGCGUGUCCGAGGAGGACCAUGUACUGCUGCGUGUCCGAGGAGGACCAUGUACUGCUGCGUGUCCGAGGAGGAACAUGUACGGCGUGUCCGAGGAGGAACAUGUACGGCGUGUCCGAGGAGGAACAUGUACUGCUGCGUGUCCGAGGAGGACCAUGUACUGCUGCGUGUCCGAGGAGGAACAUGUACGGCGUGUCCGAGGAGGAACAUGUACGGCGUGUCCGAGGAGGACCAUGUACUGCUGCGUGUCCGAGGAGGACCAUGUACUGCGGCGUGUCCGAGGAGGACCAUGAGGAGGACUAGGACUAGAAAAGGUCCGGCUCCGUGUGACUACAGUCCAGAGACAAGUCCAGGACCGAGCAUCACGUCCAGCUUCAAAUCCACCGUCCCCCGUCUCCACGCCGUCCACACGAAAACCCCGGGACCUGGAGCGUACGGGCCCUUCCUGAAGCUGGGCGACCGCGUGGACCCCGUCAUGGACCCUUUGUUCAGCUUCUUCUUCCGGAACCGUCCGUAA